ACAAAGAAAUCUCCCCUCAGCAGAUCAACCACAGCUAGGUGGUCCGAAGAGAGUCCAUGGAAUCCCAGAAGCUGCUAGGCAUUGGAUUUUUGCUAUGCUCUCUUAUUUGCCUCUUCUUGGAGACCAUAACUUCCUCUCCUUUACCUUUAUCUGCCUUUGAAAUACAAGACAAAGUAGGAUCAAAACCAAGUUCCAGGGGUAACUACAGAUCCUGGCUGAUCAAUUUUAGAGAUUAUGUUUGGGAACUCAUUAAGAACACCAUGCCUCCAGCAGCCAUUUUGGCUUUUCUUCUCGCUACAGCAGUGCUGGGGACCCUCUGCUGCCUCACCAUUCUUAUAGGUGAACCUAUCCACUGAAGAACUAGAACAUUCACAGGACGAG